AUGAACGAAGAUAGAGCCAUUAGAUUGGACUCGAGUUAUUGGAAAUCCGAAACAGAAACGGUGUAUUUGGCAGGUCACUAUUUAUGGAUUGCAAACAGUGGAUGCAAGCAUGACGCAGAGCAUUAUACUAACAGUUAAUAGGCCCCAAAAUCAAAGAGCAGCGACAACAUUAACGCUAAGUUAGGUUUAGUUAUUAAAUCUGGUAAGUACACCUUAGGAUACAAGUCCGCCGUCAAGUCUUUAAGAACUGGUAAGGCUAAGUUAAUCAUCAUUGCUGGUAACACCCCAGUCUUAAGAAAGUCUGAAUUGGAAUACUACGCUAUGUUGUCUAAGACCCAAGUUUACUACUUCCAAGGUGGUAACAACGAAUUAGGUACCGUUUGCGGUAAGUUAUUCAGAGUCGGUACUUUAGCUAUCUUAGAUGCUGGUGACUCCGAUAUCUUGUCUUCCAUCAACUAA